AUGUUAUACACUUCAGAUAUUUUUGUUUGCGUUUUUUUGUGUUCGCUACAAGGGCGAUUGGAUGGUUUUCCCACACCAAUACGACCUAGGCUCAACCUGGAUGGCGUGCGGUCCACUGCACAACCAUCGGCUUCGUCCAGCAGCCUUUGGACUAAUCCCGCAACACCACUGCAUUCAUCGUACAGACGUGACUGGAUCUCGUCCACUUCUCUACUAUUGUUACCGAUGAACAGCCACAAUCAGGUUUCGUCGUUUUAUCCGUCGUCGUCCGAUAGCAACAAUGACAGAGACAGGAUUUGGUCGUCUGACCCGUUAUCGCAGCAAACGUCCGACGGUCAACCUGUAAUUCUGUCAUCUGAACAGCGACCAUAUCCUUCGUUCGACAGUAAAAAUAUGCAUAGGGUCUUGUAUGAUUCGUCCCAACCGUCGCUGACCGAUAACUACAUGACCACUUCUGCGUUACCCGACAACAAAUUUAAGAGUUCGUCAAUGUCGUCGUGUGCCAUGCGACUGUCCAACUUUCGUCUUUCAAAAGAUGAAGAACCGAUGAUACUGUUUGACCAAAAUGGCAAGAUGUACACAAACUACUACCCUCCCGCCCGCCGCCGGGCACAGCAGCAAUAA